AUGUCUACGACGGCCAAGGAGGCCCCGUCGUCGUUAUUUUCGUUACUGCCAAACGAUAUUGUUUUAAACAUCUUAGCCCGCGUGCCAAGAUGGUAUCAUCCAAUUCUCUCUUGCGUGUCGAAGAACUUACGAUUUCUCGUAAGUUCCUCUGAGCUUAAGAUUACGCGAUCUCUUUUGGAGAAAGAUCGCUUCUACGUCUGCUUUCAAGAACAUAGUAAUUCUCCUUCCUUAACCACGUAUCAUUGGUUCAGUUUCACUGAGAAUCGUCGUUGUUUGGUCUCGAUCCCGUUCACUUCUCCUGUUGAGCCUUACUUUGCAACUCUCACGCUGGGCCCCGAAAUCUACUUUGUUGGCAAGUCUAGGAGCAUGUGGAUCCUCGACUCUCGGUCUGGAAAGUUGCGUCAGGGUCCAAGGCCGCUUGUGGCCUGUGAUCAGGCAGCUGUGGGACUAGUUAACGACAAGAUUUACGUUUUUGGAGGAAUUGAUGACAUGAAUAAAAGAUACUACGAAGGUAUCCAUGCGCAAGUGUUUGACCUAAAGACACAAACUUGGCAUGUCGGGCCAAAUCUCAGUGUGAAAUUGGCAUGCCUAAAUAGGUCUGUGGUAACCCCGUCACUAGGCAGAAAAAUUUAUGUGAGGGGUACUGAUCGAGACGUCACAAUCUAUGACAUUAAAGAUGGUAAAUGUGACAAGAUAAUUCCAGCUGAUGAUUUCAGCAGUGGAGAUAUGUGUGUGGUAGACAACGUGAUCUACAUGUAUUACCAUAAUGUUGGGCUAAUGUGGUAUGAAUCUAAGGAGAAACAAUGGAGUGUGGUUCAUGGUUUGGAGUUCAACGGGGUUUUUAAUAGCAUCGCAAUUGCUGAAUACAAUGGAAAGUUGGCUUUUUUGUGGCAUGAUAGGAACAAACGUGAGAUUUGGUGUGCAAUGAUCAACUUGUAUGGGAGUAGUAAAGUAGCAAUUCGAGGGCGGGUCGAGUGGUCUCAUCGUCUACUUUCUGAUCUCCCUUCUAACUACAACUUUAAACAUUUUACUAUUUGUACAGAUUAUUAA